GGAGCAUUCACGCAAACAUGUCUUGGAAACAGACUGUGAUCGUUGCGGUCAUUGCUGCGACUGUCGUGGGAGCCCUAGUGGGGGUGAUAGUAUGGGCCGUCAUGAGGGAUACCUCGGAUCCACCAGAAGCACCAGAAGUACCAGAAGUACCAGAAGUACCAGAAGUACCAGAAGCACCAGAAGCACCACAACUAAGGCAACUCGAUUGGUGGGAAAACACAGUAAUAUACCAAAUUUACCCGAGGUCAUUUAAAGACAGCGAUGGAGAUGGCAUAGGCGACCUCCAAGGCAUCAUUAGCGAACUGGAACAUCUGGUAGAUGCCGGUGUCGGUGCUCUCUGGAUGUCUCCUAUCUUCAAGUCCCCUAUGAUUGACUUUGGGUAUGAUAUCAGCGACUUUUACGAUAUACAAGAUGAGUACGGCACCAUGGCGGACUUUGAUGAGCUCGUUAGAAAAGCGCAUGCACUCGGGCUUAAAGUAUUGCUGGACUACGUACCAAAUCACGCCAGUACGUAUUCCGAAUACUUUGAAAAGUCGGAAAACAGAGUGCCAGGAUUUGAAAACUACUUCGUUUGGGCUGACCCAGUCAUGGUAGAUGGCGAACGUCAGGUGCCCUCGAACUGGAUAAGUCAAUUUGGUGGCUCUGUCUGGGAGUUUAGCGAAAAACGCCAGCAAUACUACCUCCAUCAGUUUGCAAUUGAACAAGCUGACUUUAACUUCCGGGAGCAGGCGGUCAAAGACGAAAUGAUUAAUAUCAUGUUAUUCUGGAUAGAAAAAGGAGCUGACGGCUUUAGGGUUGACGCCAUCCCUCACUUGUUUGAAACAGCUCCCGAUGCUAAUGGAGUCUACCCAGAUGAACCGCUUUCCGGUAAUAUGUUCUUGAGCCCUGACCAGGCUGGAUACACCACGCAGAUCCACGUGAGGGAUCUCAUAGAAUUAUACGAUGUUGUAUACGAUUGGAGAGAAGCAGUUGACAAAUGGGCACAAAACAAUGGUUCCGACACUAAAGUGCUCCUAGCAGAAGCGUAUGCUAACAUUAGCAUGACUAUGCUUUACUAUGGAGACGAGAAAGGAAGAGUCGGUGCUCAUUUCCCGUUCAACUUUGACUUUAUCACAGCCUUGUCUGCGGAAUCGAAUGCCAGAGAUUUUGCUUACGUCAUCAGGCACUGGCUCACCUACAUGCCAAAAGGAAAUGUGCCCAACUGGGUGUUCGGCAACCACGACCAGAGCCGCAUGCCAUCCAGAUUCAGAAGUAACAUGGUGGAUGGAUUGAACGGGCUGAACAUGUUACUCCCAGGAGUAGCCAUCACCUAUCAGGGCGAGGAAAUCGGUAUGAGGGACGGCUUUGUGAGCUGGGAAGAUACUGUUGACGUAGCAGCCCUUAACCAAGGCAACGAAAGUAAUUACUUGGAGUUCUCCAGGGAUCCUUGCAGGACACCUUACCACUGGAAUAACUCUACUAAUGCUGGAUUUUCAACUGGUCUAAAGACUUGGCUGCCUGUGGCGAAAGAUUACAUGGAAAUAAAUCUCCAGGCGCAGAAAGAUGCGUCUGUUAGUCAUUAUAAGGUAUACCAACAACUGACAAGACUUCGUCAGGAGAAAGCCCUGUCGCACGGUGCAUAUGACGUGCAGGCUCUUAGCAUGAACACGCUGCUUUUGGUGCGGUACCUGAGGACAUACGACACUUACGCCUUGCUGUUCAACGUGGGCUCUGUCAGCGACACCGUCAGCCUCAACCACAUAGAGCUGCUGUCCGAGCCCCUCACAGUGUACGCCGCAAGUGUACACAGUACCAGAACUCCAGGGACAACGGUAGCCUUGAGCAGCAUCACUCUGCAGCCUGGUGAAGCGCUGGUACUGCGAGCUCCACCUACGUGAUCCUAAUUCGUAAUUUCAUAUUCAAAAUUUAAAAUUAAGAAAUUUAUAAUUUUAUGAUUUUGUAAUAAAGUUGAAAAUCUAUUGUAGGUAGAUUUAUAUGCUUUCUAUUUCUAUUGUUACGUUGUAUGCAUUAGUUUUCUAUUUGUACGUACGUGUAUAUAUCGUAUUAUUAAACUAAUUUAUGGAAAUAAAAAUAAAGAUUGCGUCGCUAUUA